AUGUCAUCCUGCUCUGAUGAGGCCGAGCAGCAAAAUCUAUGCGAGGAAUUCGCUGAAGAGAAGCAGGUGAGGAACCUCGAUGAUUUCAUCACGUUGGGAUGGUACUGCACUAUAGUCCUGUUCGUUGCCGAAUUCAUGACUCUAACAUCGCUCUCUAGCAUGGUAUAUAUGGUUUAUGCAGGUGUCACCCCAACAGUUACUGGAUGCGGCUCGGUGGUUUUUAAUUCUACGGCUGAGGCAUGCGAAACCUUGUCUGAACUUCGAAAAGCGUCCGGUUGCAUUCCAAGCAUCGAUUACCAGUUCAAAUCGGUUAAUGUUGAGUUCGAUCUUCUCUGUGAAGACAGCCAUCUUGUUAAAAACAGUAUAUCCAUUCAAAUGUUCGGAGUACUUAUUGGAGCUAUGAUAUCUGGUCAGCUCAGCGAUCGAUACGGAAGGAAAACGGUACUUCUUGUCUCUCUUCUUGGAGUCAGCAUCUUUUCUGUGGGCACAGCAUUGGCGCUCACCUUUUUCCAGUUCACAGUGCUACGCGCUGUCGUCGGAUUAUUCACAGGUGGACUAAGCUCCGUUCAAGGCGUGUUCCUUAUCGAAAACAUCCCGAAAAAUCAUCGAAUGUGGAUCAAUACCAUAGUAACGUGGUCGCCAAACUUCAUCAUCUAUCCUAUCAUCGUUUAUUUCUGCUAUGACUGGCGUAAAUUGGCGUUGUUUAGUGCAUUCAUAGCGGUGGUUUCUAUUGUUUCCCUGUGUUGCCUGCACGAAAGUCCACGAUGGUUAAUACAUCAUGGCAGAAUCGAGCGUGCUCGGUUUGUUAUGGCGCACAUACGAAAGCUCAAUGGAAAUAGAUGUGAAAAGGAAGCUGAAGAGAUCGAGGCGAUGCUAAGGCACGAACAGAACAUCUUCGACGCCAAACAGAAGAAACGCAAACAUUACCAUUUCUACCACUUGGUGUGCACUUGGAAAUAUCUUGUCUGGACCUUAACCCUGUGUUCCGGAAUAGUGACUACCUCUCUUGUCAACUAUGGUCUCCUCUUCAACAUGGAUAAACUCUCAGGAUCGCUGUACUGGAACAACGCGAUCUUAGGUGUAAUACGUUGGGGAGUUAAUAUCCUUGUUGGUAUAAGCGACUAUUUCUGCAAAUUUAUGGGUCGCAAGCUCUUGAACUUCGUAGGAGUAGUUUCCAUUAUCGGAGCAGUGGCCGUCGUCUGUGCGUUGUACGUUCAAGAUCUACAGACCGAGAAAGCAUGGGUGAUCCGCUACUGUACCAUUGGCGUGACUUCGAUGACAAGCCAGUUAUAUAUGGCCAAGUUCAUGAUCACCAAUGAGCUUUUUCCUACAGCUAUCAGAAAUAUCGCCGCGUCGGCUUUGUCUGUUUCAAGCAGAGUGGGCACAAUCUUCGCACCGCAGCUGUUUUACCUGGGCGAUGUCCUACCAGUGCUGCCAUACGUGGUAUUGCUGGUAUUAUCAUCCAUCGAUUGUAUUUGCUUCCAAGUUUUCCUCCCAGAAACCAAAGGAGCGAACUUAGAAAACCACCUCCCGCCGAAGGAACAACGAAUGUUUUAUAGAAAACCGAAAAAAGGAAUACAUGUUUAUUGCAUAACUUGA